GAUACUGUUAGUGUCUAUGCCUUCUCUUCUCUCGCUACAUUGUCUUAAACAAAGGCCUACCCACACGUUUUAGCACAUAGAUUUAGCUUCUUCUGUGUGUGUAUAUAUAUACACGCAUUUCUCUCUCUCCUCUCUAUUUUUCAUAUCUCAUCAGAGUUCUCUCUCUGUUAUUAUUAUUUUUCUCAUUUAUUUUGCAUGCUUCAAAAACCACACACCAAAACAACACACACUGCAACUGACUUUGCUUGUUCAUGAAAUUUUUUUUGCAUGUUAUACGACUCAUUAUUGCUCUCAUCAUUCCUUCAUGAUCUCUGUGUGACUUUGGCUAAGUAUUGUUGUGUUAUCAAUAAUGGGUAUUGGUUCUUAUGUGGAUUCUAAUUUAGUUUCUUUGAUUUUUUAAUUGUUUGAAGCUAGUGGGUUUCUUCAGUUUUGAUUUAAUUGGGGUUGUUUAAGCUUUGAUGGGUCCUAUAAGAGGGUACAAAAAGAGGAAAAAGAUAGAUAAAAGGACCGAAGAGAAUGGUUCUGGUUCUGGGUCUGCAGGGCCUGUGGAUUGGUGGGAUGAGUUCUCCAAGAGGAUUAAUGGUUUUCAAUCUCCAUCAAAGAGUUUGGAUAAGUUUGAACAAGUUUUCAGGAUUACUCGAAAAACCUUUAAUUACAUAUGUUCACUUGUGAAGGAAGAUUUGACUGCCAAAUCAAGGGAAUUUACAUUUCUGAAUGGCAAGGUUUUAUCUUUGCAUGAUCAGGUCGCUGUAGCUUUAAGAAGGCUGGGUUCUGGUGAUUCGCUAGUGACAGUUGCUGAUUCAUUUGGGUUGAACCACUCAACUGUCUCCCAAGUAACCUGGCGUUUUGUGGAGGCCAUGGAAGAAAGCGGGCUUCAACACCUAAAAUGGCCUUCUAGUGAAUCAGAAAUGACAAAAAUCAAAUCCAAGUUCGAGAAAAUACGAGGUCUGCCCAAUUGUUGUGGUGUGACUGAAACCACUCACAUUAUGAUGCUGUUACCUUCCUCAGACCCUUCAAGUAAUGUGUGGCUUGAUCAUGAGAAGAAUCACAGCAUGAUCUUGCAGGUAGUUGUAGACCCUGAGAUGAGGUUCCUAGACAUAGUUACUGGAUGGCCAGGAAAAAUGCAAGAUUGGGUGGUGUUUCAGAGUUCAAACUUCUAUAAACUUUGUGAAAGGGGAGAAAGGUUGAAUGGGAAAAAACUACAGCUCUCUGAAGGAUCAGAAAUAAGGGAAUAUAUAAUUGGAGAUGCAGGCUUUCCUCUGCUGCCUUAUCUUAUUGUUCCAUAUGAGGGGCAAGAACUGUCAGAACCAAAAGCCCAGUUCAAUAAAUGGCAUUCUGCGACUCAGAUGGUAGCCCACAGAGCAUUGGCAAGGCUGAAGGAGAUGUGGAGGAUCAUUCAUGGAGUGAUGUGGAGACCUGACAAACAUAGGUUGCCAAGGAUUAUUCUAGUCUGCUGUUUGCUCCAUAACAUAAUCAUUGAUUUGGAAGAUGAGGCACAGGAUGAUAUUCCUUUAUCUCAUGAGCAUGACCCAGACUACCAACAACAGAUUUGUGAAUCCGUCGACAUAAAAGGCGUGUAUCUGAGAGACAAGCUGUCUUUAUACUUGUCUGGAAGACUGCCAUCAUGAACAUUUUCUAUUUUCAACAGCUUGGUUAGCCACUGAAGAAGUCAACUGUUACUUGAGAGUACUUUUGAGACAUGAUCUCUCAAUGCGUGCUAUAAAGAUGCAGUCAGUUUUCCCUUUUUUAUUGUAAUUUUUAUUUUUAAAAUUGUAAAUAGCCUAGCUGAAAUGGUGGCAUCAUUCAUGAAACUAUUAAGGUAAAGGCUGGGACAACCAUGCAAGUCUGAGAGACAUUUUAUCACAAUAUUGAACAUAAGUUGCUCACAGGAGUUACUAGGACUCCUUCAGGCUUUAAUUGCUCAAUUAUGAGACAUCUUUUUGGUUUUAUCAUGUGAAUCUCAUAUCUCGAUUUUAUGGUUUUA